AUGAGUGAGACGACAAAAUUAUGUUAUGUCGCGAAUCUUCCACUCUCUGUUACAGAAGAUGAACUCAAGACUCAUUUUGAUAGUAUUGGUGAGGUUUUAAACGUCACAUUAAAAACAAGACCGAAUGGGGACUUCAUGGGCAGCGCCAUCAUUGAAUUUAAAGAUCACGAUACAGCUAAAGCAGCCUUGAAGAUGAACGAAACGAAAAUUGGCAAUCGUUUUAUUUCUGUCGAGUUGAAAAAGAGUCCAGAGGAACUCCGAGCUGAGCGCUAUGCAAGAUACGAUCGAUAUCAUUCUCGUCAUGCUCCAGAUGAUGAUUCCUCGAGUGAUAGCUCUUCAAGCGAUGACAGUGACUCUGAUGACAGAAAAUCAAAGAAAUCAAAAGGCAAACACCGCCAUCAUCAUCGCCACCACCACCAUCACCACAGGCGCCCUCAUUCUCAUCGUCAUUCUCAUCACCAUUCUCAUAGAAAAUCAAAGAAAUCCUCUUCAUCUUCUUCAUCAGACUCUCCGUCGUUGUCUUCAUCACCAUCAUCAUCCGAAUACGAAAAGAAGUCCGACUACAGCUAUUCACGACCAGAUCCAAUGAGAUUUGAGUCAGAUCGUGGAGAUUUAUACGACCAAAACGAAGUUUACAGCAAGCCGCCUGAAGAGCCGUAUAGAUAUGAUUCUGAAUCCUAUAAUUCGUCAAGUUCUGAAUCGGAAAUGGAAAGUUCCAAGAGAAGAAGAAAGAAAGAUAGGAAAGAAAAAAAGAGAGAAGAAAAACGCGAAAGGAAAGAAGACAAAUGUGAAAAGAAAGAAAGGAAACAUCGAAAGAAGCUCGAAAAGAAAGAAAAGAAGGAAAGAAGAAGUAAGUCUUAUGACUCUGAAUCUGGAUAUUCUAGCUAA